UUCUCUCCACUAUUACUUUAGUCCUUAGUUGCAACUAGAUCGUAACUCUCAAGUUGAAUACAAGUUCAUAAAAUAGCCACGUAAGUUUCUUUGUCUCUAUAUAAACUGUCACGUAGUUGAUCUCAAAAGUCGAUGGUGUUGGUAAUAAUACAUUGAGUGGGUCAUGGAACGUGAAUACAAAUAUUAUAAAUUUUUUGCGACAUCAUGAACAAAAUUUUAUGAUUUUGUUAACGAGAGGGAAUACAGGAGUUUGACCCAUAGACGCACCGGAGAUAUUCGAGAUUGUGACGAAAAUAACAAAUGGAUUCUUAUAAAAAUCAGUCAAAUCGUAAUACUUUCAAAUUUGAGAAAAUGAUCUAGUAAAAUUUAACAUUUUCCUAUAGGUGAAGAAUAAUAAACAAGAUGAGGAUGAAAGUCAUCGACUUAUUGAUUGUUUUGUUAUGUACAAUAUAUCUUUUUAAUGAUGUUAACUCUUUUGAAGGCCCUAAUGUUUGUACUAGACAAGAAUCGUAUACAGUAACAGUAAAAGUUUCAGAACAAAAACCGUAUACUGAAAGAACAAAAACUUUGUGUUGGAGUUUUCCUCCUACUUGUUCGAAAUAUAAGAUUGUUUUCAAAACUGUUUAUAAAACACAGACAAUAACAAAACAAAGGCCUGUUGAAGAAUGCUGUAAAGGUUACGCACCAACAUACGAAGGAAAUAGAUGUGUUGCAGUGUGUUCAAAACUAUGUUUACACGGAACUUGUGUUGCUCCAGAUGUUUGUAAAUGCGAAUCUGGUUACGGUGGUUCAUCAUGUAAUAUCAAAUGUCCAUUGGGAAAAUGGGGUACGAACUGCUUAGAAGAUUGUAGAUGUGCGAACGAUGCAAGCUGCGAUCCUUACAAUGGCAACUGUACGUGCACACGAGGCUGGAAAGGUAAAUAUUGUGAGGAUCAAUGUCCACCAGAUAGAUAUGGUCAAAAUUGUGAUGAAGAAUGUCGAUGCUUAAAUGGUGGAAGUUGUCAACACAUAUCCGGGGAAUGUCACUGUGCGCCUGGAUAUACUGGACCAUUAUGCGAUGAUCUUUGUCCACCCGGAAAACAUGGCGAUGAAUGUAAAUCAGAAUGCCGUUGUCAAAAUAAAGGUGCCUGCAGUCCAACAACUGGAAAAUGUUUUUGUACCCCGGGAUGGAUGGGAUCUGUAUGUGCCAAUCGUUGUCCAGAAGGAUACUGGGGUCAAAAUUGUAGUGAACCCUGUGAAUGUUACAAUGGCGCAGGAUGUAAUCAUAUUACAGGAGAGUGUAUCUGCAAACCUGGAUAUCAAGGAGAUAAGUGUUUAAAAAAUUGUCCAAAAGGGAAAUAUGGUUUUAAUUGUUAUAAUAAUUGCACUUGUGAAAAUGGAGCAUCUUGUUCAACUGUCGAUGGUUCGUGUACAUGUGAUGCAGGUUGGAUCGGUGAUAGAUGUAAUAAGCGCAUAUGUAAAGAUGGAUUUUACGGGCCAGAAUGUUCUAAGGUUUGCGAAUGUGAUAUAACGAAUACAGAGUUAUGUCAUCCAUGGACUGGGGAGUGUAUGUGUAAGAUGGGUUGGGCCGGUAAAACAUGCUCACGUACCUGUCCAAUUUACACUUACGGUCAGGAUUGUCAAAAUCGAUGUAAGUGUAAAAAUAAUGCUCAAUGCUCGCCAAUUGAUGGCAGUUGUAUCUGUGCUGCUGGUUAUCGAGGUAAAUAUUGUCACGAAGUUUGUCCAUCUAAUACAUUUGGUGAAGAUUGUGCUCAACGCUGUGUUUGCCUUAAUGGUGGUGUUUGUUCUUCAGAGGAUGGACAUUGCAAUUGUAGCGCAGGUUGGGAGGGCGUACAAUGUGAACGCCCAUGUGCAGUGGGAUUUUAUGGAGCUGGUUGUAAUGAAAAAUGCAAAUGUCUUAAUAAAGCUGCUUGUCAUCCCCAAAAUGGAGCAUGUACUUGUCCACCGGGAUAUGUAGGUAAUCUGUGCCAGAACCGUUGUAAUAAUUCAUUUUUCGGAAAUAAUUGCUUACAAGUUUGUGAUUGUGACGAUAAUAAUACUAAUGAUUGUGAUCCUGUUACUGGUCAUUGUAACUGUAAACCGGAAUGGCGUGGAAUUCGUUGUGAAACGCAAUGUCCGACUGGUUUGUACGGCGAGAACUGUCACAAUGAAUGCAACUGCAAAAAUAACAGUUCCUGUGAUCCAGUUAGUGGACUUUGCGUAUGCUCAAGAGGUUGGGAAGGAACAGACUGUUCACAACCCUGCAAAAAGGGUUGGUAUGGUAUGCGUUGCAAAGAGCAAUGUCCUGAUAUGAUGCAUGGUAACAUGACAUGUGACCAUGUAACUGGCGAAUAUAUUUGUAGACCAGGCUAUGUAGGAAUAACCUGUGAACAUCCUUGCCCGGAUAAUUUUUAUGGACGUGGGUGUGCGCAGCGCUGUGAUUGCAAAAAUGGUGCUGAAUGUCACCACGUGAAUGGUAUAUGCCAAUGUUUACCAGGUUGGCAGGGUAAACAUUGUCAAAGCCGUUGCCCUGAAGGCACUUUCGGUGUCAAUUGCACUCAACAUUGCAAAUGCCUUAAUGGAGGAAAAUGUCGCGCUAAUGAUGGACUUUGUAGAUGUGCACCCGGCUGGACCGGCACGCACUGUACUGAAAUUUGCCCUGAAGGAUAUUACGGAGAUCAUUGUAUGGAAGCAUGUGAGUGCAUAAAUGACUUUUUUAUAUGUCAUCCUGCAGAAGGUUGCAUUUGCAAACAUGGACAUGGAGGUCCAAAGUGUGAUGAAUUGUUGUUCUCGCAUAAUGUUCAACAGAAAAAUGAAGCUGGUUAUGGCAGUGUUGUAGGUGGUAUUUUUGCUGGAAUUCUAAGCAUAGCAAUUUUUUGUACUGCUUGGAUGUAUCAUAGACGUAGAGUUGCUAAUCUCAAGAUGGAAAUAGCACAAGUACAAUAUACGGCCGAGCCAGUUACACCAAUAGAUCGUAAUCAAUUUGAUAAUCCAGUUUAUUCUUUUCAAGGAAAUGUAAGAGUUGAUGAUGGUACAAAUACUCUUUUGAAUAAUAUACAAAUAAAAAAUAUUUUGAGUAGAAAAAAUAUAAACACUGAAAAAACUAAAUUAGGAUUUACAUAUUGUGCAGAUGAUGAAGAGGAUAAUUGUAAAGAGGGAUGUGGUUUACAGUAUAAUCACUUGGCAUCAUUAAAAAAUAAAGAUGCUGACGUUGGUAAUCCGAAUAUGAAUGUGUAUCAUAGUAUCGAUGAAAUGGACAAUAAAAAAUCAGAACAUCUAUAUGAUGAGAUAAAGCAAAAUAACGGCGAUUUGGAAUAUGAUCACCUUGAUUAUACGAGAGCACAAAGUGAUAGAAAACCACAUUACCAACGUAUGAUUAAUAGCUUUGGCUCUAGUUAUCAAAAGCCAGAAAGCAUACUGAAUAGAGCUUCCACAUCACAGAAUUAUGAUCAUGAGCCAAGCAAUGCAUAAAUAAUACUUUUGCUAUUACAUUUGGUAUUGUACGACCGUCCUUUUUAGUUCAGAUAUGUCAUAAUCAAGAAUCAUUUAUAUAUAUUAAAUCAAUUAUGGUACAUUCAUUCGGUUAAUACUCCUUUAAAGACAAUUAUACAAUUUUUUAUUGCAACACUUCUUUUCUUUAGUAGAGUUCUUACGAAUUACUGUGCCAUUUUUAUAGCUCUCUAAGCAAUAUUGAUUAAAACUCAUUUUUAUUAUAAUACAAUUGUAAAA